AUGGCGGUGUUGUCACUCCCUGUUGUUUUGGCUGCCGCAAGCCUGGCCAUACAAAAAGCUCGUGCACAGUUGACUUGGAAGAACCUACUCUUGUUAUAUAUUUUAUUUAAUCUCAAAUCAGCGCCUUUUUCGUGGCAUAUUCGAUUAUUCACUCAUCUCCUCAGCCGUAUCCAUUUCAAGAAACAUAUCUAUCCGAACCCGAAAUCAAAAGACGAGAACAAACCAGGCCAUGUGCAUCCAAUAUUCGUACCGUCCAGCGUCACGAGCAGGACAACGCUAUGGGAGACGGACUAUAACAUCCACAAAUCGAACAGCACAUACUUCUCCGAUCUCGAUAUCGCACGUACAACCCUGGUGACAAGCCUGUAUAGCCCCGGUCUUGAGCUUGUGAAGCGCGAAAUGAAUAAAGAGCUUGAUGCCAAUGGCAAGCAGCUAUACCCUGGCAGAAUUGCGGUGAUGCUGGGAUCGGUGUACUGCACGUUCAAGAAAGAAAUCAAGUCGUAUGAAAAAUACGAGAUGAGGACCAAGAUUGCAGGCUGGGACGAGAAAUGGUUAUAUAUAUUGACCUUCUUCCUCCGGUUCCCCAAGCGCAAGGGAGAGCCCAAAGUGCUGCUUGCAGUUGGAGUGAGCAAGUACGUAGUGAAGAAAGGCAGGAAAACUGUUCGGCCCGAGAACGUCCUCCGGGCAAGCGGGUUGCUUCCCCCACGUCCACCGGGUGAGGAGGCACCCUCACCAUCGACAGCUCCCGAUACUCCUGCAAAUGGCGAGGCAAUUAAGUCAGACGAAUCGCUGGACGAGCCUCUCCUCCGUAAAGUGCUGACUUUAACGGAGAGUUCUGACCUUGAUAAGGCGGUUCUGGACAAUGAUGUUAAGAAGAACCGAGACAACACCGAGAAGUCUGGCGUCUGGGAUUGGCAUAGGAUCGAAGAAGAGCGACUUCGCGGCAUGGACGUCGUUCGGUCAUUUGUUAAUAUGGAUGCAAAACUUCACGAAGAGGUCGACCUGUCCGUGUGA